AAUGCGUGGAGUAACCGCUUUCAACAAAACAACGUGAUAAAAAGAUACUCCCCUCUUCUUCUCACUUGCGAAACUGCUACCUACAACUCCUGCACUAAUCCAACACGCCUCUCUCUCUCUCUCUCUCAAUCAAUCCAAGAUUUCCCUUUCAAUCUGAAGUAUAAAUUCGGAGAAUUAACAUCAAACCCAGAUUCAGAUCAGGAGUUAUAUAUAUCCAGAACCGAAGAAGGAAGCAGAAGAUGUGUUGUGGGACGAGAGUGUGUUGUUUCUGUGUGUGUCUGGUACUUCUGGUGAUCGCGAUUGGAAUGCUGUUCGGAUUCGGGGUGUUCAAACACGGGUUCCACAAGUUGAAGGACACAUUGCAUGACUGCGACGCCGGCGCCUGCGGGCGGCCAUUCUUGGGUUUCGGCGCUCCCCCACCUUAUUAGGGAUUCUGAUUCAUCUCGAUCAAGUGAUUGUUCUUUCAGUUAUUUUUUUCACCUUUUUCUUGCUGGAUUAUACUUUUGUGUCAGGUAGAUUAUUAUUUGAUGCGUUUCAGUUGAGCUUGGGAAUGUUGCAGGCAGAUGUAGCAGCUGCUGAUUAUUUGGAUAACUUUAUAUUAUAAGUAAUUUCUCAUUUUUUACUUUGAGUGAUAUUUAGUGGUUUUGUGAUGAA